CACCUAAGCUAAGCUGGUAGCUAGCCAUUGCAUGGUACAAGUCUUUUCUGCCUCUCCCCGUUUUCUUCAGCUUGCCUCUUCCAGGUUCCAGCUGCGAUCGGCAGAGAUGGAGAUCCGGCGGCGGCAGGCACUGGCGAUGGCCCUGGCGGCGGUGCUGGCCGCAGUGGCUGUUGCUCAGGUGGCCACCGCUGCGACGAGCUACACGGUGGGGGCGCCGGACGGGCUGUGGGACAUGCACACGGACUAUGCCGAGUGGGUCGCCGCCAGGACGUUCCACCCCGGCGACAACAUCACGUUCACGUACUCGAGGGAGCUGCACGACGUGGUGGAGGUGGGCAAGGCCGGCUACGACGCCUGCUCCAGCGCCAACAACGUCUCCGCCUUCCGCUCCGGCAACGACGUCGUCGCCCUCACCGCCGUCGGCACGCGUUACUUCCUCUGCGGCCUCACCGGCCACUGCGUCAGCGGAAUGAAGAUCAGGAUCGACGUGGUCGCCGCGUCCACCGGUCCCGUAGCGGCGCCGCCCACUACGUCUGCCGGGGGUAACGUCGUCGCAGGCCUUGGCGCGCUCGUGGUGACGCAGGCUCUCCUGGGCAGCAUCAGCGUCUGGUGAAGUGUGUACGUACGUCCGUAGUAUGCUUUUGGUAUCGCUUUUUUUUUGGUGCUUUUGGUAUCGCUGCUUGUGAUUGAUAUUUCAGUUUUUCUUUCCGGUGGAUCGCGUGUUCGGAUUAAAGCAUAUACGUUUUAACCUGGUA